AUAUGAAUAGCUGCUCCUUUGGUCGAUGGGACAGUGAAAGCGCAGCGCCGCGGAUAAUGGGCACGUCAUCCUAACGAGGUCUUUAUGAAUGGGGGCUUCUUUUGUUCAGGCUUCUCUCAGUCCGCACUAUAAAUGCCAGAGUCCCGCGAUCGCUCGCCAAAUAGUAGGUUGUGCAUCCUCGGAACCAGGUCGACACAGUCCGUUUAUCAGUCACCGGUAACAGAACUCACUACGGAAACGAGGGGAAAAAAGAGAGAGAGAGGGAGAGAGAGAGAGACUAUAUAGGCUGAUAAGGAAAAGAAAAAUCAGGUGACAAACAGGAGUGACUUAAAAGCAGAGUGAGAGACGGCCUCCCUACUCGAACCGAGGUGAUAAAAUGAAUUCAGACUCUGGCUCGAGCAGAUCCUCCUCGCCGGACGUGGACGAGAUGUACGCGCGCAAUAGUUCCGCGUCGUCGGGGCAGAACGAGUUCACGUCAAAGAUGAGCAGCGAGCACUUGUCGCGAGGCGCCGGCGCGGACAGGACAUCAGCAGGCGUCGGCGGCAAAUACAAGCUCAAGAAGCAAGUGACCGAGGAGGAGAUCCAGCAGCUGCGCCUGAAGAUCAACGGGCGGGAGCGCAAACGCAUGCACGACCUGAACCUGGCCAUGGACGGUCUGCGAGAGGUUAUGCCGUACGCGCACGGGCCGUCGGUGCGGAAGUUGUCCAAGAUCGCCACGCUGCUGCUGGCGCGGAACUACAUCCUAAUGCUCACCAGCUCUCUGGACGAGAUGAAGAGGCUGGUGGGAGAGAUCUACGGCGGCGGCCAUCAUGCAGCCUUCCACUGCGGCGCCGCGGCGGGCCACGGGCCCGCGCACGCGCCCGGUCCGGCGGCACCCACGGUGCACCACGCGCUUCUCGGAGGGGCUCUAGCACCGCAUACAGCAUCCUCCGCCGCCUCGCUGUCUGCCGCACUGCCCGCGCUCAGCUCCAUCCGGGCGCCUCAGACCUUGAUGAAAACGCCACCGACGCCUCCGCUCCAACUUGGCACCGGCUUCCAGCACUGGGCAGGACUGCCGUGUCCCUGUGCCAUCUGCCAGGUGCAGCCACCCGCCACACACGUGCCCAUCACCUCCACGGGACUCACGAGACUUUCCGUUGACAAGGAAGCGAUGAAGUGACUAUAUUCGAAUAUCAUCAUGUAAAUUGUAUAUGGGCUGGACUCGCAGAAAAGUAAUUGCAUGAUGUGUAUUUGUACAUUUUGCUCUUUCGUUUCUUUUCUUUUUUUUUUCUCUCCACGAAAUCAGAAUUCACUCCUUGUAACAAGGAUCUUGUCCAAUGCAUAAUGUAAAUGAAUUGCUUGCGCGUACUUAAUCCACUGUAAAUAAUCUGAAAGCACCAGAAGACUUACAUGUUUAAAUGUUAGCUGCGCUUUUAUAUAUAAAAAAAAAAUGUUGCAUUGUUGUUUUUUUUUAGACUGCGAGCAACAGUACUUGUUGAUCGUGAAGCUGAGGGGAAAGUUGGAUGCGCAUCUUUAUGCAGAAGUGCAGAAGGGAGUUCAUGAAGUGCCGUGCGUUCCUUGUAACAAGGAUGGUCAAAGUCUUAUAGGAUAAAACUGUGCGAUUGUGUUUUGAGUUCGGAAAAAAAACGUAUGUUUGUUUAUUUGUUUGUUUGAUUGAUGAUUUUAAUGUAUUUUACUGAAGUGUGAAAGCAGUUGCACUCGGCGUGACGUUUUGCUGUGCGCGUUCAUGUGUUUAAUCGGGUUAGCUUUUCUGCAUGCCCGUCGGGUUAAAGCAGUUUAUAUACCUACAGCAUGUUUUUUUUUUAUUAUUAUUAUUAUUAUUUUUUUCGAAAUCAGUUUUUUUGUUGUUGCUUAUUUUGUUUUGUUUUGCCAGAGACUACUGCCGUCUUUAUUUUUGUAAAUUCUUGAUGAUAAAUGAGAUAUUUAUUAUUGCCCAGUGAUCCUGGACAACAUUUCAAUAAAAACACUUAAAGAGUUAAAAGAUCUUUUGUCCUGCUUUUGGUCUGUUACAAGCUGUGGACCUUUCAUAAAUUAGCUCGGUGGCAUAUAUAGGCCUACAGUUUGUAAAAAGGACAGUACUGCUAGCUUGUUAAAUUAAGACACAGAUGAACUUCAGGCUCUGAAAUAAUAACUAUUUUUUACUGAUAUAAUUUACGGCUUAUUUUAGAGUGAUAUGGUACAUAGCCUAUUGGAGACAGGUUGGAUGUAGAUCUGUGCAUUAUCCAAUGCUAAAAAAAAAAAAAAAACAAAC